AACAGUUAUGUUAGACGGACUAAAAACAAAAGAUGUGGCUACGGCUUCUAUGAUGCUGCUUAAAGGAGACGUUAUCGCUGUACCUACAGACUCUGUGUAUGCGUUGGCUGCCUCUGUAAAAUGUCCAAAAAGUAUAGACAAAAUAUUUGAUUUAAAAAGUCGAUCUAGAGAAAAGAAUAUUACUCUUGUGUUGCCAAGUAUACAGGCAUUGGAAGAAGCCGACCCAAUCUUCCAUGAUCGUUUGUGGGCUUAUAUCAAAUACUGCUGCCCAUGCUCCGUUGGUUUCGUGGUUCCCAAAGGGGAUUGGCUUGAUAACAUUUGUCCUAAAUCCAAAGAUCUCAUUGGGGACAAAACGAGCAUUUGUAUUCGAAUACCAAACUGCACUAUUUUAAGUUUAUUAACAUUAACCUCUGGGCCUUUAGUUAUUUCGUCUGCUAAUAUUGGUGGGGAACCGGAUAGCACAAGUUCUUCAAUGGUCCAACAAGCUUUUGGUAACAAAAUUGCUGGCAUAUUAUGUGGUGGUGAUUCGCCACAAAAGAAGUCAUCAAGCAUAGUAAACUGUCUACACUUUGACUCAGAUCAAAUUAGUUAUUUUCGAAUUGAAGGUACGGACCAGAAGAAAUUAUUUGAUGACUAUCAAGCAGCAAAAUUAAAUGUAAUAAAUCGGUCAAUCACUAGUAUUCUUGGUACGCAAAAUACUUGAACAAGACACAUGGAUGAGUUAAAUGAAUAAAGGCAAAAAAAAAAAAUGAUUCGUAUUGAAAAAUUACCAUCGAUUGUAUCAUUAGGGAAUUUUUACAAGCUUUUAUUUACCUUGCUUCCUCGGUUGUGCUUUUGUCUGUCGCGCUAUUGUUUUUAUGGAUCGAAAAUGGCGAGCGAUAUUUUGACCACUUGUAACUGCCUGAUUUCUCUGAGACUUGGCACGUGUGUCAAGACAUGAUGACAAUGCAAUCUGUUAUAAAAUUUGAAUUACUUGGAUGCUUAAUUAAUUUUUAAAGUAUUGAUUAAAAUUUCCAAUAUAAAAAACUUUAAUGUGAAGUUUGUAUCCAAAUAUUUUCGAUGCUUUCAACUAUUAUUUUGA